AUGAAGCAAUUCGACGCCGCUGAAGGUAUUCUUCCCAGCUGCUGGGUCAUCCUCUACGGCAAAGUAUACGAUGUCACAAAUUUCCUCUCCGAGCAUCCUGGUGGUGCCAAAAUUAUCCUGAAGCUCGCCGGUAAGGAUGCCACCGAGGAAUACGAUCCCAUCCAUCCCCCGGGCACUCUCGAGGAGAACCUCCCAGCGGAAGCUCUACUGGGUACCGUCGACCCUGCGACGCUCCCCAAGCCCACAGAACAGCCCCAGGAUGCCUCCCAGGCUGAGAAUCAGGGCCCUCCCCCCAUGGAGUCCCUCCUGAACCUGGAUGAGAUCGAGCAGGUCGCGACCAAGAACGUCAGCAAGAAGGCCUGGGCCUACUACUACUCCGCCUCGGACGACAAGCUCACCAAGCGCUUCAACACGGACGUCUACCGUAGCAUCAUCCUGCGCCCACGCGUCUUCAUCAACUGCGAGCGCUGCGAGCUCGACACGACCGUCCUCGGUAACCCCCUCUCCACCCCCAUCUACGUCUCGCCCGCCGCAAUGGCCCGUCUCGGCCAUCCCGCCGGCGAGGCCGGCAUCGCCGAGGCCUGUCGUAGCUUUGGCGCCCUCCAGAUCAUCUCGCACAACGCCUCCAUGACCCCCGAGCAAAUCGUCGCCAACGCCGCGCCGGACCAGGUCUUCGGCUGGCAGAUCUACGUGCAGAUCGACCGCAAGAAGAGCGAGGCUAUGCUCGCCCGUAUCAACAAGCUCAAGCAGAUCAAGUUCGUCGUGCUGACCCUCGACGCCCCCGUCCCUGGCAAGCGCGAGGACGACGAGCGCAACAACUUUGUCGGCGCCUCCGCUCCCGUCCCCAGCGCAACCGCCAACGCCGAACGGAAGUCCUCGUCCGACGAUGACACCCCCGGCGGCGUCGGCCGUACCCUCUUUGCCGGCACUGACCCCACCCUCACCUGGCAGGAGACUCUCCCCUGGCUGGCCAAGCACACCGAUCGUCCCAUCGUCCUGAAGGGCCUGCAGACCCACGAGGACGCCUACAUCGCCUCCCUGCACACCCCCCAGGUCAAGGGCAUCAUCUUGUCCAACCACGGCGGCCGCGCUCUUGACACCGCGCCCCCCGCCGUCCACACGCUGCUGGAGAUCCGCAAAUACUGUCCCGAGGUGUUUGACCGUCUCGACGUGCUGGUCGACGGCGGUAUCCGUCGCGGGACGGACGUCGUCAAGGCAUUGUGUCUGGGCGCGAAGGCGGUUGGACUCGGCCGGCCGGCUCUGUGGGGUCUGGGGGCGGGCGGUGUCGAGGGCGUGAAGCGGACGUUGCAGAUUCUGACGGACGAGACGAAAACGUGCAUGCGGUUAUUGGGCGUCGAGCGGGUGGAGGAACUCGGUCCGCAGCAUAUCAACACGCGGAUUGUCGAGCAGCAGAUCUACGACGGGCCCGCGGGUCUCGACUCGAUACGUCGCGCCUACCGCGCGAAGCUCUAG